UAGAACGCACUCGCUGGCGGUUGCUCUUGCUGGAGAAGGAAAUUCACUGACAAAAGCCUAAUAAUGUCUGAGAGAAAAGUAUUAAACAAAUACUACCCGCCUGAGUUUGACCCGUCGAAGAUCCCUAAACUCAAACUCGCCAAGGAGAGGCAGUACACAGUCCGUAUCAUGGCUCCAUUUAACAUGCAAUGCAAAGUGUGCAACGAGUACAUCUACAAAGGAAAGAAGUUCAAUGCCAAGACAGAGAACGUUCACAAUGAGAACUACUUGGGUCUACGUAUCUAUCGCUUCUAUAUCAGAUGUCCGAGGUGUAUCUCUGAAGUGGUCUUUAAGACUGAUCCUGAAAACACAGACUAUACUCUAGAACAAGGAGCUACAAGGUUAUUUGAAGCAGCGAAGCUCUACCAAGCAGCUGAAGAGGAAGAGAAAAGACAGGCAGAGGAAGAUGCACAGAAUCCUAUGAAGGUGCUGGAGAACAGGACCAAGGAUUCUAAGAAUGAGAUGGAGGUGAUGGAGAACCUGGAGGAGCUGAGGGAGCUCAAUAUGAGACAGUCUGCUAUCAACUAUGAGGAGAUUCUAAAACAAGGAGCCGAGCAGGAGGCACUUCGGCUGAAACAGCAGGAAGAGGAUGAUGAAGAGGAAAUCAGGAGAUUAUUUGGCAAAGGAGGUGACGGUAUGGUAAUAAAGAGACUCGAUGAUGACGACAGCGAAGACGAUGAAUCACCCAGUGUUGCCAAAUUGCCAUCAUCCUCUUCAUCGUAUAAACGACCUACAGAUAUUCUUACAGAUGAAUCCAGUGGGCCAUCAGGUGCUAAGAGGCAGAAGGUAGGAGAAUCUUCAAGGUCAACUACAAAGUCAUCAAGGUCAUUUCUAUCUGGCCUGGUGAAGGUCAAAAAGAGUGAUAGGAGCAACAAAGCUGAUCAUGGAAAUACAAGAACACCAUCAGAAUGUAAGCCGGAGGAGGUCAUCGGACCUGCAUCGAAUCAAUCAGAUGCUGCAGCAGACGCAGCACGAUUAUCAGUAGGUGGGACUGCACCAACAGACACAGCACGAUCAUUCACUGGUGGGACUAGAGACAUUGAGAAGAGAACUGAAUCUAGUGAAUCACAAAGCAAGAACUCUGAUCAUGCAAUGGAUUCCGAGGAGGCCGAGUCUUCCUUUGUGAGUAGCAUACAAGAAGGACUCAAGAAGCAGAAGGUUGAAUCGCAAAAGGUCGCUAAAGAGAAGUCAAGUGGAUUAAGCCUGCUUGGUGGGUAUGAUUUUAGUGACAGUGAUAUUAGUGACUCGGCUUCAGAUUCAUAAAUGAGCUCCAGGAUGGUAAGAAAAGGGUAUGAGAUUUUAUUGGCCUAUGUUAUUAUUCUUCCAUGCACAAGGCAAUUUGGAAAGUUCUAACAUGCCCAAGGCAUAGCUGAGGGCAUCUGGACUGUUUCAAUGGUAUGUGUGUAAUUUUUCUAAUGCCUAAGCGACAUAAUGUCUGCUAUACAUGUAUUUAUUGCAUUAGAAAGAUGUGGAUCCUUGUAAUUUGAUGAACCUUCUUCUCAAAUACAAGGCCUUUCAAGAGAACUAGACUUUAGUACCAGUCAUUCACAAAUUCUGUUAUAGAUGAAAUAAAUGGUAAAUUGCCAAUUCGUCCACUGUUACUCAUCCACUACCAACUCGUCCACUCACCACAUAGUCUACUUUCAAU